UUCCCAGCCGCCAACAGCCUCUCUCUCCCUCCCCACGCCAUCUUCCUCCCUGGAUUCCCCACGCUAGCAACAGGGAGCACGUCUCCUUCCCUCCAUGGCCGGACCGCCCUCCCCCUGCUGCCGGCAGACAGCAGCUUGGCAUCUUCAACCUCGGCCGCGAGCUCCCUCCUCGGCUGCUUCCAGCCCAACUCGGCGCCCUUGCUGCAGGCGAGCAGCAGCUCCCUGGAUUCAUGGCGCCGGUGAAGCUCGAGCAACCAAGCUCCCAGCUAUGGCGCUUGCUCCCUGCAGGGAUGCAGUUCCCUUGGCCGACGCCCAGCAGAGCAGCCAUGGCCGAGCUCCCUGGGAGCACGCCGGUGCCCCUGCUGUCCCCAUGGUCGAAGCCUCUGCUCGGCCAGCAGACAUGGCCGCCAGCCCCCGGCGAGCUCGAGUUCUUCUCCCUGGCCGCCCUGCUCCCUGUCCACGGCGCCUGGGAAUUCCAACAGCAGCUCCCCCUUCUCCCUGCGCCCUCUCUCCAUGGCGAGCAGCCCCCCUGCAGCGAGCUCUUUCCCCUAACCUGCUCGCGGCUAGCACCAUGGAGCCGAGCUCCUUCUCUGCAGCAGCCGCUGCACCUUUCCCCUUUUUGCCACUAUGGUGCGCAGCCCCGUCUCUUCCACUCAACGCAGCAGAUCGGACAGCUCCUCUGCUCCUCCAUUCAUCGCCAUCAAAUAUUUUUGGGGCUCGAUUCGGCGCGCUGUCCAUCUGCGUUGCCUCGCUGCGCACCCGCGCGCUGUGUCGUGCCAUCCCGCUUUUGCAGCCAUCGUUGGUGCACGCGCAGCGCCGCACCUCACUGUUGCAUGUCCCGCUGCGCGCGUGCCAGGUGUUCGGCGAAAUGUCUGGGUGGGGUGCUGCGCAGCGAACCGCACGCCGUGGUGCCCACCGGGUGCUUGCUGUUUUUGCGCAGCCCCGUCGUCGUCGUCGUUCACCCCGAGGCAUCCCAUGUUUUGCGUGGAGAAGGCAAGUCGUUCAACGCUCGUAGAUGUGCGGAGCUAUGCACAAAUCGGAAUCACCAUCGUCCUCACAAACACCGUUUGGGUUUGUUUAUGGACCGAGAGGUGACGACCGUGCAAGUGAUGUGGUGCCAACCACAAGAUGCAGUCGGUGGACGACCCAAGGAAGGAUGGACUUAACCAGUGGAUGCUCGCCAAGCGAGUACCUCCCCAGCAAACACUACCUAAGUGUUAAAAAG